AUGAGCAACCUCAACAAGGACACCGAGCACACCAACGGCGGCGGCACCGUCGAGGAGGAGGUACGGACGCUGUUUGUCAGUGGCCUUCCUGUGGAUAUCAAACCCAGAGAGCUCUACCUUCUCUUCCGACCUUUCAAGGGUUAUGAGGGGUCACUGAUCAAGCUGACUUCAAAGCAGCCAGUGGGUUUUGUGACCUUCGACAGCCGGGCUGGCGCUGAAGCAGCCAAGAACGCCUUGAAUGGCAUCCGCUUCGACCCCGAGAACCCGCAGACCUUGCGGUUAGAGUUCGCCAAAGCCAACACCAAGAUGGCCAAGAGCAAGCUGAUGGCCACCCCGAACCCCACCAACAUCCACCCUGCCCUGGGUGCGCACUUCAUUGCACGGGACCCCUAUGACCUGACUGGAGCGGCUCUCAUCCCGGCGUCCCCGGAGGCGUGGGCUCCCUACCCGCUGUACACCACGGAGCUGACCCCGGCCAUCCCCCACGCCGCCUUCACGUACCCGGCAGCGGCAGCCGCGGCCGCCGCUCUGCACGCUCAGAUGCGCUGGUACCCUCCCUCUGAAGCUACCCAGCAAGGAUGGAAGUCUCGUCAGUUUUGUUAGUUCAUUAUGUCUCUCCUGGGCUUGUGUUCCUCCUCCCUGCCUCUCCACAGCGGGAUGUGCCAGGGACGAUCGCUCCCCUCCUCUGGAUUGGGU